AUGUCCCAAAAAGCCCCUCAAGCCUGUAACCCAGCUCUGCAUGAAUGGCGAGCCCCCGAAAUCCUGCAGCCCCUGCAUAACAGCAUUCCCCCCCAGCUGCUGCCUCGGUUUGAUCCAGUUUACGUCGAAUACUACUCUAGGAACAACGCAGGCCGCCUGCACACCCAUGAAGUGCCUAUAGACGAGUUUCGGAAGAACCCCGCGCGAUAUACGAUCUCCUAUGGUCGCGCGACAGGCCCCGAUAUCUUUCGCAUUUCUGAGCAGAAAUGCCCCGUGAAGGGAGGAGAGAUCACAGUCCGAAUCUUUGAGCCUGCGCCCAAGAAAGAUGCCGAGGGCCAGCCGAAGAAGAGAGCGGCUUAUGUGAACUUUCAUGGGGGCGGGUGGGUGUUUGGCGGGCUUAUGGCCGACCAUGACUUUUGUAAGAGAGUGGUGCAUGACCUUGAAGGAGACGUCGUUGCCUUUGAUGUGGACUAUCGGCUUGCGCCUGAGCACCGCUAUCCAAUCCCCGUGGAUGACUGCUGGGCGGCUUUCAACUGGAUUCGGUCUCAGAAAGCAGUGGAUUUCAAUCUCGAUCUCGAUCGAUUCGCUGUGGGUGGUGUUUCGGCAGGAGGUCAUCUCGCAGCAGUCGUGGGCCACCUCUGCCGCGAUGCAGGUAUUCCUCUACGACUCCAGGUAUUAACCGUUCCCGUCUGCGAUUUGCACAGUAGCUUUACCCCCGAAGGAAUAUUUGAACGUGAGAACUGUCCUUACGAGUCCUACCGGGAGAUGGAGUUCACGGCAGCACUCCCGGCAGCGCGGAUGGCGUACUUCCACCGACAUUUCCUUGGGGUGCCUCGCCCAGCACCAUCUGAAGAUGACUGGAAAAUUUCGCCCAUGUUUGCACCGAAUUUUGAGAACCUCGCACCGGCACUGGUGUCGACGGCGGAGCUAGAUCCCCUCUGCGACGAGGGCGAAUGUUAUGCCUCUAAGCUCCAGGCUGCCGGUACCCGCGUUGAGCUGCGUCGAUUCCCUGGCACCCCACACACGUUUGCUGCGCUAGACGGGAUUCUUUCGAGCGGGCGAGAGUAUAAUGCACAGGUGGUUGCGGCGAUGAAGCGGGAGCUCCUCGCCUAG